UCGCUGACGUCAGUCCGUAUUUGUCCCGAGUUCGAAUCUCGCUGGAACCAAACAACAUACACUGGGAGGCAGAGCUUAAAAACAGUUAGACUCCGCACAUACCCUCCUUACAGGAUCUAUUCGCGUUGAGUCAUUCUGUUACGAAAAAUGGAUAAGGAAGGUUAUAAAUCAAAUCUCAAUAGUACUACAAUUAAUCCCGUGGUUACGGAGCUCAGUAUGAGUGACUUCUUUGAGGAGAUCGACCACAUUAGAGAUGCCAUACGCCAGAUUGAGGACAAUAUCGGAAGAAUCGAAACGUUACAUCAACGUUCCUUGCAGGAAAUCGUUGAAUCCGAGACGGAGUCGAUUACUAGACAAUUGGAGGCCUACACUGCUGACACUCGUCGCAUACAGACUACGGUACAGCUGGCAAUUCGUUCUUUGGAGCAACAAAACAUUCAAUUACCUCCAGAUAACGAUGCUGCUACGCGUAAAACUCAGACUGAAGCGGUGAAGAAGAAAUUUAUGGAUCAAAUUCGCCAUUUUCUGCAAGUUGAGAAAACUUACCGUGCGCAGUAUGAGCAACGUAUGAGACGCCAGUUGGAGAUUGCCAACCCUAGAGCUACGGAGGAGGAUUUCCAAAGUGCUAUGAAUGAAGAGAACGGAGGUCAGGUGUUUGCACAAGCUCUUCUUCGCUCGAAUCGCUCAGGUGAAGCACGUUCAGCUCUUCGUGAAGUACAAGAACGCCAUGCCGACAUCAAAAAGAUUGAAAAAACCAUUACAGAGCUUGCUCAAUUGUUUCAGGACAUGGCUACCAUGGUCCAGGAGCAAGACCCCGUUGUGGACAAGAUCGUUACUGAUGCCGUGAACGUCCGUACAAACAUGGGUGAGGGUACUCAACACAUGGACAAGGCUAUUAAGAGUGCAAAGGCCGCUAGAAGAAAAAAGUGGAUUUGUUUGGGAAUCACCAUCCUUAUUAUUGUAAUUAUAGUCGCCGUCCUGUGUGGUGUUCUCAUCCCUCUCCGCAAGUAAGAGCAUAAGUAUGUCCCUAAUUUCCCUCUUACCUCGCACGCGAAGUCCCUCUUUUCCUGAUCUUAAGGUUUUUAAGCAUUUACGAGUUUUAUUUUUUUUCCUUUCCCCAUAGGGUUUAUUCUUUUGUCUCAAUCACAAUACGUUCGGCAUGAAUUAUAUAUUUCUGUGUUCCUGAGGAUCACAGUACCAGUAGCUCGCAUGUUACAAUGUUGCCAGUUCGCUCUUUCGAAUUUGUCGCUUCAAUUACUACUUUUGUGUAUUAUUUUUUCUGGCUAAUUUCAAUCUAUAAAGGUGCGGCUUCACAGUUCAUCAUUUUCGGCAAUGGUUUCGGGCGUAGGAUGCUCAUUUGCUUCUGUAAUCAAAGACUUUCUGUACAGAGUAGUAGAACAGGCAGCUGGACUGAGCAUUUGGAUAAGAUACUCACAUUUUUGUGCUUCGAGUACACUUAUAAUUUCGUUACUCUUUCCACACUCGACUUUAACUUGGGCAGAUCUCGGGGGGCCGUUCCAGCAUUUUUGUCCAUUAGCAUAUUUAAGUAUGUUUCCUUCUUGUUCAACAAAUUCACUAUAUAGACGCAUUAGCGCCAUUCGUUAGCAAUGCGUUUGGUUUUCGUUGUCGUGUUCAACAUAAAAAGUUCAUGCUUUUAAAUGCAAACAGCUCAGGUUUGUUA